AUAAGUUUUACUCAACAAACUGAACUUUGGUUACUUGUACGGUGCCUUGACGACGCUUCGAAAGACGCGCCACUCUCAUGCAUCCGAGGCGGCGAUCCGCACGGAGGAACUGUGUUAACGCGGUGAAGCGCGUUGUGCAGCGGUGCUUUUCAUUCAUUAUUAAAGAAAAACGAAGAAAGAUAUGAAUUUUUGGUUUUGACGGAGCACAUAGACUUUAUACAACACAAUAAAUGGAACUGCACAUGCAUCACGAAACCCGUCGCCGCUCAAAGUAAUCGACCAUAUUUCGCUACAUUUCAGCAUUGAAGCUAAUCUUUUACGUCAUUGUUACAUCAAAAUGACGUAGGGUCACCGUCCGAGAUUGCCGCCGAGAGGCUGCGGAGGAAAACUAGGUAUAAAUUUCAGUUCAACGGUCGGGAUCUAAGGACGGAGUAUUUCGUGGCAGCCCCGCCCUACAGCUUGUGACGUAAAGUAAUCGAGGUCGAUUAGUUUUGACGAGGAUAGGGCCCCAGACCUGAUUUAUGUAAAUCGCCUGGAUGGGAGGGUUCAAACACAGCAGAGAUAUAUAGAGAGGACGAAACAGACGUGGAUGCACAAAUAGAUCAACAGAUGGCGCGGAUGGCACCGAUAUCAGGUUACGACCGUUAUCUGCUUAAGCUGAACUUUACUGUUCUUCAACACAGGUCCUAUGGCAAAUAGUAACAUAUGUUAAAUGUGCCUCGGAGUAUUUCCAUAUCCCAUGACAUCUGUCUGCCGGUCCGGGGCUGGGCUUUCGAUCAACGACAUGGCUCUGAAGAAAUAUGCCUUCUCUGCCUUCCACAGGGUUUGCGCGACCAACAAACCCAGAUGCAGACGAGAGGUUUACAUAUUAUCGGUGUGAUACCUGCCGUCUACGACGCAGCGGAUACCAUCAAUGACGAAAUGAGAUCGCAGCUGCUACGGUAUGCUAGGGAACUAUCUCCAGAUGCGCUACUCGUCCGAACAUCUCAGAGAGAAGAAAUCGUAGGUGUUCCAAGCUGUCGGCUUAACGCACCAUAACUGUGGACACACCUAGCCAAUGUCAUCGGUCAGCCAUCGUUCGUCCAGUCGUUGGAGCUCAUCAAGACCGUCCAGCUUCCCUCCGACCUGCCAUUAUUGCUUUCCUUCACCUGCGUCCGCUACAUGAUCACCUACAGGGGUAUACCCAGGGGCUUGGCCAAUGACAAUAUGGAUCUAGUCAGCAAUCAGCAAUGCCAGAAAUGCCAAAUCAAUACACUGAACCUUUGGUUUAACUGGGACUGCACGCGAAAAUUUGGACUUGAGAAGCGCAGCAUGACUAAUUAUGUUGCUAAAAAAUUUCUGUCCCGAACUGAAAUCUACAUGUUCGACACAAACGUCACAUACAGGAUGAAGAUAUGCAACGCCCAAAGGCUAUACAACUUUAGAGGUGGCUACGUCUUGUUCCUCGUCAACUAUCUGGACUCGGGAAACACAUGCAAGGACACCAACUUCACGCGGGGCUAUGCAGACAUACACUACAUCAGGGCAUAUAUGAACACUGUCUUAACCAAUUGCUAGAUGCAGCAAGCAGCUGCGUCCUGUUCGA